AUCCUAUUGUUUCUGUGUCAGGCUCCUCCAAGGCCCAAACUAACUGGAAGCCAGACGCACCCUCUGAUGUGGUCUGCACAGGGCCCUAGGCUCAGCUCACCCCAUUCCUGGAGCAGCCUGCAGACUUCAGCCUAUCUCUUCCAUACCAGAGAAAGUCAGCCAGUCCUCCUCAGCUGCCUGUCUUAACCUGCAUCAUGAAGCCUGAGGAAAUUUCAACAGAAGCUGAUGGGGAAGUGAUGCCUGGGAGUUAGCGAGGAGGGAAUGAGUGGAAAGGGGAAGUACAAAGUACAAGAGGCCCCAGCGAGACUGGGGAGCUGGGGGACAGGGGAGCCAGCAGACAGACUGCCAGCCUCAUCAUCUCCCCACCUAAGGCCACCAGUGUCUGAGGAGCUAUGAGCCAAAGCCGGGAUUUUCAGGGAGGAAAAGCUUUUGGACUGCUGAAGGCCCAGCAGGAAGAGAGGCUGGAAGGGAUCAACAAGCACUUCCUCGAUGAUCCCAAAUACAGCACUGAUGAGGAUCUGCCGUCCAAACUGGAGGCCUUCAAGACGAAGUACAUGGAGUUUGAUCUGAAUGGAAAUGGAGAUAUCGAUAUCAUGUCUUUGAAGCGAAUGCUGGAGAAACUUGGGGUUCCCAAGACCCACCUAGAGCUGAAGAAACUAAUUAGAGAGGUGUCCAGUGGCUCUGAGGAGACGCUCAGCUACUCUGACUUUCUCAGAAUGAUGUUGGGCAAGAGAUCUGCCAUCUUGAGAAUGAUUCUGAUGUAUGAAGAGAAAAACAAAGAACACCAGAGGCCAACUGGUCCCCCAGCCAAGAAAGCUAUUUCUGAGUUGCCCUAAUUGGAGGUGGAUAUAACAUGGUGGGACUGAGGAGCUUCUAAUGACAGCAGCAUAGAAAAAAAGAAGCAGUUGUGAGCCAGAGUCAAACUAAAUAAAUAAUGCUCCCUAGUGGGCCAAAUCA